AUGGCCGACUGGGAUCAAGACGCCCUCCCCCAGCAAGACUGGUCCCAGAUAUUCUCUGCGCCCCUCAACCCCACCGUCUUCGCCGCCCUCGCCGCCAACGGCGUCCUCGGCCCCAACGCACAGACCCCGCCGCCGCCAUUCAACCACCACCACCACCACCAUCAGCACCAGCAAAAUGACUGGCCGUACUCGAAACCCCCGCCCCGCCCCAAGCAGCGCACCCAGCAACCCACCUACUACCCGUAUCCAGGUGAGCGCCAGGGCCUGCCCCCGUCUCUCUGGAUGUCCUCCUCGUCUUCCCACUCCUCCCACUCCGCCCUUCCCCCGGCAAUCCCCAUUCCGCUAAACACUCCAUCGCUCUCUGCCCUCCCAGAUAACCAGCCAUCCCUUGCCCACUCCCCUACCUCUCCCACCUCAGACUCAAAGUCCACCCUCUUCACCGACAUCUUCUCCGAUGAGCUCUUCCCAAACCAGCCCCCGUCCCUCUCGCCCCAGCCAACCAGCCCCUUCACUUCGCCUCGCCUCUCAGGCUCUCCCGAUCUCAAGGCCUCUCCAGACCCCGAUAUUGACCCAGAGCAGCUUGCAAAGGAGGAUCCCCUCGCUACCCAGGUCUGGAAGAUGUACACCCGCACAAAGGUCACCCUCCCCCAUGCCCAGCGUAUGGAGAAUCUUACCUGGCGCAUGAUGGCCCUCGCCCUCAAGAAGAAGAAGGAGGAGGAGGACGCAAAGGCUUCCGAUCCCGCACCCCGGAAAUCAUCGCCCCAAUCGCCUCAGCUCCUCCCCAAGGAGCGCAUCUCCCAGUCUCUGCCCCACCAGGGCUUCCAGCAGCAGAACCCGCAGCUCCAGCCCUCGGACGAGCGCGGUCGCAGGAUCGACAAGGGCAAGGCCCGCGUCCGCGUCGUAGGGUUUGACGGGAUUCAUCAGGACGAACAACAGGACGAAGAUGUCGUUCCAAUGGAUUGGAGGGCCAUGAGUCGCUCAAGAUCACGCAUCUCCAUGGACUGGCGUCCUACAAGUCGCUCCCGUUCCCGUCCCCCCGAGACCACCACCAGCGCCAGCACCUUUGACCACCAUGGCCUCGUAGCCACCUCAUACGACUCACAUUUCGCCUUUCCCACCAUGGAACGGCCCCAGGCCAAGGCCAUCCCUCCCUCCCAUGGCAUUCCCAUACCAGGCCCCUCGUUGCUCUCUGCUGGCCGUCGUAGUCCGCAGUUUGACCAGAAUCUGGGCGUUCUCUACGAGAACCAGUCAGACGCCCUCAAUUACUUCGACAACACAGACAGAUAUCAGUUCAACCCCUCCUCCUUCAGCAGUCCUAAUGCCAUUCCCUCCUCUCUACCCUCAUCAGGCCUGCACGGCUACAACAGAGUGCCUGUGCCCAUCAGGCCUGAGCAGCUCCAACAGCAGCAGCAGCAGCAGCAGCAGCAACGCAGCUUUCCACGAUUCGUUCGAAAGACAAGCUUUGAUCACACGGCGCAGAAGGAUACCCUCACCGGUGCACCCAGAGGCCGCCAUCAGGUCAACGGGAAAUCGCUUCUCGUGGACACCCUCAGCGGCAUCAAACGCCCAGCGGAAGGCUUGCACACCGACAGUCUCUUACGGGCCGAUCCUUCCACAUUUGAUGGCUCCUCCCAAUUGUCCCCCUCAUCGCACGAAUCUGAGAGCAGAAGCCCCUUCCCUUCUACACCCUUCAACUUUGCCUUCCCCCCUUACGAAGGCAUCUUUGACCUUCCCGGUGCCGCUUCGGCGUCUAACGUACAGUACUCUCCCACCGCUAACCCCAAUUAUCACCAUCGGAAUUCCGCUAGCCGCAACAGCCUAUAUCACUCUACCGCCACCUCGUCCUCGACGGAGCGUCUCUCAGCCGCAUCGGCGGCGGCGUCGGCCGUCAUGGCGGAUACCUAUGCACAGAUUACCGCCGUUUCUGCUGCGGACGACCUUGACUAUCGCCAACUCAUGGGCCUCGUCUACCCCAUCGACAACCAGUACACGCACGUCGACCCAACUCAGAUUCUGUCCAUCAACACCAGCAGCGGCGCAGGUGGAGGUAGCGCGGGAGGCAGCAACACAUUCCCUAAUUACCACGCCAGCCCGUCGAGCGACGAUUGGGGUAACGGGGUCAAUUCAAGCUCAAAUGCGUCUCCAGAGCCUUAUAACGUCUCCAAUGCAUCGACUCCACCUUCCGCAGAAGGUAGUUCGACCGGCCAGCAACCACCGCGCACGACCGCCCCGUCGAACCUCACGCGCAAGUACAUUUCGCUCCAGCAGGGCGGCCAGGAAGUACGGAAAAAGUCCCAAACUGUUCCUGGGAACUCGCCAGUCAGCACUGAAGGUAGAAGUUCGACGAGCACGCCAGAGUACAACGCUGGAUCGACAGAAGCCACGACCAAGAGCGAAGAGACUGACUCGACGCCCACGCUGUGUACGAAUUGUCAAACCACGAAUACGCCUCUUUGGCGGAGAGAUCCCGAAGGCCAGCCGCUGUGUAACGCGUGCGGGCUGUUCUAUAAAUUGCAUGGUGUUGUUCGUCCGCUUUCGUUGAAGACAGAUGUUAUCAAGAAGAGGAACCGCGCUUCUGGCACGCCCAGCAGUAGUUCUCGGAAAGGGGCGUCUACAUUGCCUAAACUCGCGUCGUCAACGACCCGGCCGCGCUCUCAAUCCGGUUCACUUUUAACAGGUGGGUCGAGAGGCACUGCGCCGGCCUCGCGCCCUCCAAACGCAUCCACGACGAUGAAGCGUCAACGGCGGACGUCUGGAGGGCAGGACGGUUAA